GAUUAAUCAAUCUUGGUUUGCUCAUGUCUUGUCAAAAAUAUUAGAUUCAAAUUUUGCUUUAUUUGAAGAUGUAGUGUGAGUUUCAGUUUUCUAGAUUCAUCAGAGUAUACUUACUCUUAUUGGAUGUCAAAGAUAUGAAAAUUGUUAUUUUAUAUGUCAAAUUUAAAAUUCUUCUGGCUUAAUUGAUGCCUUCUUGUUAUGGAGUUAAGGUCUAUUUGGAUGGACUGAUUUGAACUUAUCUACUGACAUAAGUACUUGUGAUAUUGUUUAUGAGAGCUUUUGGAAACAACUUAUGACAUGCUCAUAAUCUAUUUUUAGUUUAUUUUCAUAAGCUGUUCAUAAUAGCUUAUGAAAAAACUUAUAGCUUAUAUGAAAAUAACGUGAUUUUGUUUUAUCUUUUGUUAUAGAAAUAGUUCACACAUAAGUUCUUACAUGAUAAGUGUUUAUGCCAUAAGCACUUAAUAAAGUUGUUUAUCCAAACAUGAACUUAUUUACUUAAUACCAUUCAUUUCUGAAACUUAAAUUGUGUUCUCUGUCCAAAAGUUUGUGCUUAUUGGCUGGUUCCACUCAUCAAUUUGUUUUUUCCCAUUCAAUGUCUGCACCUGUUUGUUCAAGGGGUACAUGAAGCAUUAUUCCAAGAGGAGUAUUUAGCUUCCAUAAGCUUGACUUAAUUAAUCUUGGCAAGGGACUUGCUAACUUCAACUUUUAGAAAUCAACUACUGUGGGUUUUCCUCAGGGUUUUCAUGAAUUUGAGUUACAUGUGUAAGAUCGGCAAGGCAAGUGAUUGAUGCACUGAAUGCGGAAGGGCAAUAUAUAGAUAUCAUACUAGCAGAAGUUGACCUUCCGAUAAAAAAGGGCAUGAAGAUGUUAAAGUACGUAGCACACGAUAAAGAAUUACGCCGAAUCCCUAUUAUAAUGAUGUCUGCACAAGAUGAGGUGUCAAUUGUUGUUAAGUGCUUGAGACUAGGAGCAGCAGACUAUCUAGUAAAGCCUUUACGCACUAAUGAACUAUUAAAUUUGUGGACGCACAUGUGGAGAAGGAGACGCAUGCUUGGACUUACCGAGAACAACAUCUUGAAUUAUGAUUUUGAUUUGGUAGCAUCAGACCCAAGUGAUGCCAAUACAAACAGUACCACCUUGUUCUCUGAUGACACAGAUGACAAGUCCAAAAGAAGCAAUAAUCCAGAGGCUGAAAUUUCAAUCCAACAAGAACAAGAGGCUAGUAUUGCCACUGCUGCUGCUGUUAUUGAAGAGCUUCCAUAUACUCAUGUAUCAGAAUAUCAGCCUGAUGUACCCGGAAUUAGUGAUCGACGAACAGGUUCUUCAGGACAGCAUCCGCCAUGCAACAGAGUUACGGAUGGACAUUUUUCAUCAGGUCCAAAGAAAAGUGAACUAAGAAUUGGAGAGUCAUCAGCCUUUUUCACUUAUGUCAAAACAACAACAACCAAGAACAACUUUGAAGAGAGUGCUCAUGUUGACGAUAGUUGUACUUCACAAGUGAGAAUGGAAGAUAUCAAUCAAGCAUGUCCUCAACAAGGUGGUAAUGACCUUAAAAGACACAAUGAUGGAGAAACGAUUUCAAGCCAUGUACCAGACGACUUACCCAGCAGCAAUAGUAUCCCUGAUUCUUUAUCCAUCGAGAGGUCGUGUACCCCUCCUGCAUCAAUGGAGGUUUCACAGCAAAAGAAUUACAAGGAAGAACAUCAACAAGGUGUGGUUCAUCCAAGAAAUGGAGGUUAUGGUUCUAGGCUCAACCCACCGGACAUGCCUACCCAACAUGCUUAUCCAUAUUAUAUGCCAGGAAUUGUUAAUCAUGUUAUGAUGCCAUCAUCGGCACAAAUGUAUCAAAAGAAUAUCCAGGACCUUCAAAGUCAUCAUGUUAGUUCAUCUAUGAUUGCCCAGUACAAUCAUCUUCCCCAAUGUCCACCUCAUGCAACUGGGAUGACACCCUUCCCAUACUAUCCAAUGAGUAUUUGCUUACAAACUGGUCAAGUUUCUACAAAUCAUUCGUGGCCAUCAUUAGGAAGUUCAACUUCAUGUGAAGCGAACAUUAGCAGAGUUGAUAGGAGAGAAGCAGCGUUAAUGAAGUUUAGACGGAAAAGAAAAGAGCGCUGCUUUGAUAAGAAAAUUAGAUAUGUCAAUCGGAAACAACUUGCAGAAAGGCGGCCUCGUGUUAGGGGACAGUUUGUCAGAAAGAUGAAUGGUAUUAAUGUGGAUCUAAAUGGACAACCUGCUUCCACCGACUAUGAUGAUGAUGAUGAAGAGGAGGAAGAAAACAAUGACCCAAGAGAUUCUUGAGAAGGUCAAAUUACUUCUUGGCCCAAGAGUGCAAGGGCAAUGAAUUUCUUCCUGCAUUAAAAUUUUCGUGUUUAGGACUUGCCUCUGCUCCUUCCUUUGACGAAAAAUUAUUGCGUCAGCAUUAGUUGACGAGCAUGUGCCAUUGAUUGGAUUUUCAGGGAUGCUAAUCCAAUACAAGUGUUCAAACAAACUCUAGCUUGGUCUUUUUUGAAUAUCAGUUUUUCAAAUGAUUCAUCCUACAGAACAGAGCUGUUGCAGAAGAUGAACCUCCUGCUGGUUAUGUCCAAUGCUUUUGAAAGUUUCACACUUAUGUUUAAUUGGAACUGUUUGGGGCAGGUUGUGGUUGCUCAUAAUUAUAUAGAAUAUGUAUGAGACCUUUAAGUUGUCCCAAAAAAUGAGUUUAUUGUCAAACAAAUUUCACAACCAUCCAAAGCAUUUUUCCCUUAUUUUCUC